UCACGCCCGUGACGCCCUCCGAAAGUCAAAAUCGCCCUCCCGAGUUCGAGCUCCGUCGACGGGAACUCCCUUCCAUCCGCCAUUCGAAACAUUUCCCGAAAGAAAUUCGCGAAACUCUACGAUUCUCCUUCCAGAUUUCAACCCUCAUUUCCCCCCUCUCUCUCCCUCGAUCUCCGAUCUGACGAUGGCGGCGACCGCGAAUCCGAUCGGCCUCCGGGUUCCUCCCCCAUGAGCGUGCCGCGACGCGCGCUGCCCGCACCCCGAUUCGGAAGCGUGUUUCUCCCAUGGCGGCGCCGCGGAGCGUGGCCGUGGACAUCACGAGGCUGCUGAGGGACGAGGAGGCCUCCGCCGCCUCCGCCGCCGCCUCCGCCGCCAAGGCGAAGGGUGGGGAGGAGGACGACUCCCCCAGCGGGAAGAGGCCUAGGUCCGAGAGGUUCCCGCUGUCGCGUGGGGAGCUCGCGGUGUUCGUCGGCGUCUUCUUCUUCUUCGUCGCGGGGCUGUUCUGCAUUUACAAGACGAUGCCCGCCGCCGAGUACGGCAGGAUCAAGCUCCCCCGCACGAUUUCGGAUCUCCGCGUGCUCAAAGAUGAUCUCUCAAAGUAUGCUAAAGAGUACCCAGCAAAGUUCAUUCUUGGUUACUGCUCGACUUACAUCUUCAUGCAAACUUUCAUGAUUCCUGGAACAAUCUUCAUGUCCUUGCUUGCUGGAGCUCUUUUUGGUGUCAUAAGAGGCCUUUUCCUAGUUGUCUUCAAUGCCACAGCUGGAGCAUCUUCCUGCUUUUUUUUGUCCAAAUUGAUAGGCAAGCCCUUAGUGAGUUGGUUGUGGCCUGAGAAGUUGAGAUUUUUCCAGGGAGAGAUAGCAAAGCGUCGGGAAAAGUUGUUGAAUUAUAUGUUAUUUCUGAGGAUAACACCAACGCUGCCCAACCUUUUUAUCAAUUUGGCUUCUCCAAUUGUUGAUAUACCCUUUCAUGUUUUCUUUUUGGCAACAGUAAUCGGUCUUCUUCCAGCCUCUUUGAUAACUGUCAGGGCAGGCCUCGCUCUUGGAGAUCUUAAGUCAGUUAAAGACCUAUACGAUGCGAAGACUCUGUUGGUGCUGUUCCUGAUUGGGUUGCUUAUUAUAAUCCCCACCCUCUUCAAGAGAAAACGAACUUAUGAAUGAGUCAUAAGUGAUAAGCCCCCUGGAAAAUGUUGUUGGAAACUGGCAAUCUACUGGGGAUUUCUGAGACUGGGAUGAACUGAAGAUCCAGUGGCUUAAGUCUCAAUCAUCUUUGUUGGAGUUCAGCUAGAAAGGCAGCUCCUAAUCUUUGAUCCACAAGUUGACUACGGUCCCCCACACUUAUAGCAAUACAAAUUAAACCCGGACGUAAAAUUGUAAUUUGUAGUGCUUCUUUAAUGUCUGUCCAACAAUAUAUAAUUACAAGGUAUAACGAGGCAAUUGGAGCCCUCACAUUGUAGCAGAGGUUCAUUGUUUUACUCCUAUUAGGUCUGGAGUGAUGCUAAGGAUUCUAGUGUAUCCACUGCUUUGAUAGUGACUUAUAAUGUAAUAGCAUCAUGAUCCCCAUGACAAUGGUGGACAUGCAACAGGGACUCCAUUGAUUUAUUUCACCAUUCUUUUCGCUUAUGAAAUGACUCGCAUGAUUUUCCUA